GCAUCCGUCCCUACCCCAGUAGUUUCGAGGCAUACAACGGCAAAAUGGCAAACACUGAUAUUGAUGCGAUCAUACAGUCACUAACGCUGGAGGAGAAGAUUUCCCUCUUAGCAGGUCGGAACUUCUCAGAAACAGUUGGUUAUCCAGAAAAGGGAGUUCCUUCGAUCAAGACCGCCGACGGUCCAAAUGGAAUUCGCUCAGCAGCAACAGAUCUCGACAUUAAGUCGGCGUGUUUCCCAGCAGCAUGCAAUCUCGCAGCGACAUUCGACCUAGACCUUGCCGAGAAAUUCGGCAAGGCUCUAGGUGCUGAAGCGAGAGGCAAGCGAGUUAACUGUAUGCUCGGCCCAACAGUCUGCAUGCAUCGCCAUCCUCUCGGUGGUCGUAAUUUUGAGAGCUACAGUGAAGACCCAUUUCUUACCGGUAAAAUGUCCUCAAAAGUCAUACAAGGACUUCAAAGUCUUGGUAUAUCAGCUACGAUAAAGCAUUUCGUGGCCAAUGAGCAAGAAACAGCUCGUACGACUGUUGAUGAGACCAUUGAUGAACGUGCAUUGCGCGAGAUUUACCUCAGGCCGUUUGAGAUUGCUGUGAAGGAAGCGAAUCCUUGGGCGAUCAUGACAGCUUAUAAUCAUGUCAAUGGUGUUCAUUGCGAUGAGCACAAGUGGCUCCUGCAAGAGGUCUUGCGUGGUGAAUGGGGCUGGAAAGGCCUUGUCAUGAGUGAUUGGGGCGGUACGAAUUCCGUCGCUGCAGCACUCAAUGCUGGUUUGGACCUGGAGAUGCCUGGUCCUCCCCGUCUAAGGAAGGAAGAUGCUGUCAAGGAGGCACUUGAGCGGGGAGAUUUGACAGAAAGCACCAUCAAUGAGCGCGCCAAGUCUGUUGUUGAGUGGGCGUUGAAGCUCAAGGCGCGUGAAGCAGAGCCACACUCUGUCGCUCUUGGUCAAGACACUAAUACCCCCGAACUGCGAAGCAUGAUUCGCGAGGCUGGAGCGCGGGGCAUCGUCUUGCUGAAGAAUCAGGGAGAUCUCCUUCCGCUGACCAGGGGAAAAGUUCAGAAGAAGAAGAUUGCUCUUAUCGGAUUUGCUAAAGACGCCAUGGCUCAUGGAGGAGGUAGUGCGGCUGUCAACGCGUACCGCAAGAUCACUCCCUGGCAAGGGUUGCACGAGGCCCUUGGCGAUGACGUCGAGUUCACAUACGCGCGAGGCGCUCAUCGCGAGCGUCUGCUUCCUGCUAUUCAUCCCGAUGGUCUCUACGGUAAAGUCGUGGGUCUUGAUGGGAAGCCCGGCUUCAGUCGGCAGCUGUUCAAGGAGGGUGAAGCUGAGCCCGUAUCUACUGUUGGACAGCCAACUUCUGCAUACUCGCCUCUGGGAUCACAAGAGUCACUGUGGAGGAGACUUGAAAUUGUCGGUGACUUUACGCCGGCUGAGACAGGAGAGCACUACAUCGCCUGCUCUGGAUUGGGGCCUACAAGGGUCUAUGUUGAUGGCGAGAUUAUUUACGAGCAGACUGCCAACUGCACUGAUCCCAUGGGCUCUCUGUUCCUCGCUGCUCCAGAGCCUGAGUUCCGUCACAAAUUCGAAGGCGGCAAGACUUAUCGAUUACGUAUCUGCAGUGAUCCACCUACCAAGAUCGGCCUGACCAUUCUUGAAGGUCGCAGUGGCGUUCGUGUCGGCUUCUCACUUGAAUCCGACCACGAUGCAGAUCUCGUCGGAGAAGCUGCUGACGUUGCCAAGGCUGCAGAUUACGCGAUCGUAUUUACCGGACAUGAUCCUCAAUGGGAGACUGAAGGUCGAGAUCAAGAUGGGUUCAAUCUUCCUCGAAAGGGCACGCAAGACGCUCUUGUGUCUACAGUGGCAUCGGUCAACCCCAACACCGUGGUUGUCAACUCUACCGGCGUUGCUAUCGCCAUGCCCUGGCUCGAACAAGUCCCCGCUGUCGUGCAAGCUUGGUUCCCCGGCCAAGAAUGCGGUUACUCUAUCGCGGAUGUCCUUACAGGAGCUGUCGAUCCUGAAGGUCGACUACCAGUGAGCUUCCCUAAGAGCAUUGAGGACUGCCCCGCGCACGGAAAUUUCCCUGGCGAAUAUGUAGAUGGACAGCUCAAGGUUACUUACGCCGAGGGUGUUUUCGUCGGAUAUCGUCACUUUGAUCGACUUCCUCGGGAGAAGGUCAACUUUCCAUUCGGUCACGGCCUGUCUUACACGACUUUUACAUAUGAUCUAGGCAAUGUGUAUCGCGAGGGUGACGAUUGGUAUGUCUCUGCUCAAGUAUCCAAUACUGGAAAGCAAGCUGGUGGCGCAUUAUUACAGAUCUAUGCUGGUCCAGCUGAGCAGUCUCCUGAUCAGCCGAUCAAGGCUCUCGUGGCUUUCCAGAAGAUCCGAUUGGAGCCCGGUGAGACGAAGUUGGUUAAGCUUCUUGUGAAACAGAGAGACUUGGCACAUUUUGAUACUGGACUGAAGAAGUGGGUGAUUGAUGAGGGCGAGUAUCGCUUCUCAUUGGGAGUUUCUUCAGCCGAUAUUGUUGGAGAUACUGUGGCCAAAUCCUCCAAAAUUUCUAUGCGAGUCUCGACUCUGCCUCCGUUCAUCAUGCACCUAUCACUUCAAGAGCUCUCCUCUACUAACUCGAAGGCGCUACUUUCUGCUGCUGGAUCUGGGUCUGGGUAUUGGUCCGGGACCGAACGUUACCAACACGCCGGGGCUGGUGGAACUCAUCAACUGAUUGGAAAAUUCACGACGCAAGAUGUCAAAGUCUCCACUACCGCAGAAGAUGCUAUUACGAAGUACUCACUCUCCGACACAUCGAGCGGCAGUUCCAAAGAGAAAGCAUUUUGCCGUACAUGUGGAUGCACGCUCUGGACUAUUCCGGCAGCAGCAAAGGGAAAAUUCUACAUGAUCCGGCUCCCAUUGCUGGAUGGAGGUAGGAAGUUGGCUUUGAGGGACAAGUGCAACUUUAGCGCUAGUUCGACUGCCUUCAUACAGCAUCGCCCGCCAAUAGCAGCGCCUUUCACUGCAGCUCAGAAUGGACGUCCCGUUGCUCCUCCAGCACCAGCAUUGCCAGUGCAGAGGCAGGGUAGUUCUCCUUCUAUGGCAAGCCCACCUGUUCCGAUCUUACCAGCGGUGAACACAUACGAGCCUCAACCGCGAAGGUCUAUGCCUCUGUCCUUGCCGCCACCACCGCCACAUCAUCACUCCCCAGUGACAUCUACCCCCGGCAGCGGUACCAGGCCGGACUCACACAGUGGCCAACGCAAUGUCGGAGCUUCAGUUUGUUCAAACAGUCCUUCUGCUGUUGACUCCAUGACGGCGGUCAUUGAUGAGGGUACCAGUACUGAGGAGUUCUUCGGUAAAAGCAGUGCUGGGUCGUUUACAGCUCAGAUCAAGAAAGCUAUAGACGUGAGACUGGGUAAACCCCCUAGCUCGAGUGAUAAUGCAUCAAGUACAUCUAGGUCAGCUGGUGUUAUGGGCCCUGCCUCAGUCACAUCACCAGACUUCUCAUACGUUCUACCUCCUCGGAGGCAGGCGGAUCAUCUAAUAGAGCUGUACUGGUUCUAUGUUGACCCAUUAUAUCCGUUUCUGGAUAGGAACCGAUGGACUCGUGCUUAUAAUGCGAUAUUCUCUGGGACGACGAUGGACUUAAAUGAGCGUGUCUUUGUCGCUACACUAAACGUCAUCUUGGCUCUGUCUACACAACUUGUGGAAUCGCAUUCGUUAGAACAGCGAGAACAGUCGAGUGAAACAUACUUCCAGAGGGCCCAGGAGCUGUUGCCUAUGAGUCCCUGGGAGCCUGGAUCUCUUGAACUGGUGCAGUGCCUACUAGUAACGAGCCAGUAUCUUCAGAGUACAUAUAACCCUCAUCAGACAUGGAUGGUUAUUGGCUCCGCCAUCAGGAUGGCUCAAGGGUUAGGGCUUCACCUGCCCGAGACGUCGGCGAAUCGCUCAGAUCCUGGUGAGCGAGAGCUGUUGCGCAGGAUAUGGUAUGGAUGUGUUCUGAUGGAUCGCAUGGUGUCUGUGACCCAUGGUCGCCCUGCCAUGAUCUCCCAGCAUCCUGCAAAGAAUGUACCGUUGCCAGCUGAAACUUCAAACGCCCAGAAUGGAAUGCAAGGCUUGGAAUAUUACAGCUUUUUCGUGAGAUCAGUGCGACUUUACGAGAUUAUCCACAAGACCAUGAUUGCCUUCUACGACGGCUCACAGGGCAAUCGGCCAAAAGAGAAGGAAUCCCACUUUGACCUUGAGGGCUUGGACGUUGAGGAUGAAGACCUCGAUAGAGUGGUGCAAUUGGAUCGCUGUAUCAGCAGAUGGCAGUCAAAGCUACCAGAUCAUCUAAGAUGGGAGUUGUUGGAGUUAAAUAAGGACGAGAUAGCACGUCGACAAGCCGUGAUCCUUCGCAUGAGAUUCCUCCACGCGCGUAUCCUGUUGCUAAGGCCAGUCCUAUCCAGAUUCUGUCUCACCCAAUCUCCCCAAGAUAAGAAGCCCAUGGACGACAACUUGCAAGCUCGGGUCGUUCAACAGGGCGCGAUGUUCUGCGUCACGACAGCUCAGAACAUGAUCAACACUCUGGUGAAGCACCAAACACUAGAUAGCACUGUUGGUCUGCUUCCGGCAUGGUGGUAUCGAGUAUACUAUAUCUACUCCGCUGCUACAGUGCUGAUCGCUGCCAAACUUCGACCAGAUGCUUUCUCGGCCGCGGAAAUCGGAAGAUCUUGGGGUCAAGCUAUCUCAGUGCUCAAGGCUCAUGAGCAAUUCGGCCAGUCUCCCCGUAGAUGCGUGGCGGCUUUACAUAUUCUUUCAUCAAAGAUCUUGCAAGCGACGCCUCGUGGCUCACCAGGACGUGAGACGGGGAACAACAGCAGACCCGGAGAAGGGAAUAACCCAGGCCUCCCUCAGCAACCGAUGACAAACAUGGAGGUCCCUGAUCUGGUUCAGCAACUUGCUGAAGAGUUCCAAACCCCGAUACCGGACUUCAAUCCUCAGGAACUUGCGGCUUUCAACUUGGAUGUAAAUGAUAUGUCAUGGCUGAACGAUAUUCAGGGAGUUUGGGAGCUUUUGAACGAAUAA